AACGAGCAUGUAUCGCGGACACGCGAUGACAAUAAUAUGAGCAUUGCUGGUGCCGUUACAGCAGCAGCAGCGGUUCACCGCGUUGUUGGUCGAGCCGGAGCGCGGCUUGUGACGCAAGAUCAUGUGGAAAGCUCCGAAUCCGACCGCAGUUCCUUACUUUCUGUGAUUAGUGAUGGUCAGAUAUCCGUAACGCCAUCGUUAAACGCAGCGAAAUCCCCUCGAUCACAGCACGAUGUUCCCGAACUUCAUCGAAAUUCUUUGGAGCAAGAUCCUUCAGCUAAAUCGCAGACAUCGUUAUCAUCGUCUACCGGUAGCUCACAAACUUCCGGCAGCAGCAGUACGCUUACGACCAGUUCAGAUAACGAGCCCAUGACCUUUAUCGAAUGUUUGGAGCCAGAUAUCCGGCAGUCCUUACACGACGGGGAAGAAUUUGAUUAUCUUGGAUUGUAUGCGCAUCCAAUGUUUGAUGUGGAUGAAGAAAAAAUUCGAGAAAACUUAAAAACCCAAAAAGACAUCCUGGGAAAAAUUCGCGAACAGCCGUGGAGGCUGCGACGCAAACUCAAACUUUACCGGAUUGCUCAUGCCUAUGUGGAACGUUAUGAAGGACGUUACCUAAAAGGAAAGGCUAACGUGGCCAACGUGACAAAGUUCAUCAAAACUGCUCGGCGCGUAAUCAACAAUGCUUUGGCGAAUAUGCGACCAUGGGAAGAAAGGAUAAAGACUGUGGAAAAUCGCUUUGGAUCAGCCGGGGCAUCUUAUUUCAUUUUCUUGAGAUGGAUGAUCGGCAUGAACCUGAUGAUUGCUGCCAGUGUAACGUGUGCGGUGAUGCUGCCACAAAUUCUAUUUGGUCCAGAUCAAGGCACCACAUUCCGCAACACGAUAAGUUCCAAUGAAGGGAAAACCGCUUUGGAUUUUGCCACUUUAUACCGUUAUGCCGGCUAUAUUUUUUACACACCCGUAUACUAUGGGUAUUAUUCGGAUGAACCGCAGUUCAAAAUUGGAUACCGCUUACCAUUGGCAUAUUUCUGUACAGCCAUGGCCAUCCUCAUUUACAGUUUUUGGGUCAUUCUUGCCAAAAUGGCCACAAACGUUCGGCUGAGCGCCAACACAUCGGACGGCGACCAGCAUCCGUUCAGUGCCGGGGUUUUCUGUAGUUGGGACUACAUGAUCGCUAACCCAGCUGACAAUGGCGCUAUCAAAGUUCUGCGGCGUCGCCAGGAAAAUAAAUGGCUUCGGUUAUUCCUGCGCAUCUUUGCCUGGAUCAUCACCAUCGGUUUGCUGACGGCCAGUGUGUUCAUCUUACUGCAGGUGAUGGGGUAUAAGCGCAGUUUGAAACCGGAAAUACCCAAAACCUUCUGGCAGACCAACGCGGUGUCGUUAACGCUGAAGGCGCAAAAUAUUAUCUUUCCGGAACUAUUUGAGCGACUGGAGUAUCUGGAGGAAUACCAUCCACUGAACGGACUGCGACUGCAUCUUACGCGGAUUACGCUGUUGCAGUUGCUGGUGAACUGGGCGCUAAUUGAUAACUGGGUCACGGAAGGAGAGGAAAUGUACCAUGAAUCGACCGAAUUUAACAAGGACGACCUCUCGUGGAUAUGGAACAGCAGUGUGCCACGGCCAGUCAACUGGGAGACGCAGACCAGCCGCCCAGAGGAGCAUCAUGGUGGCGGUCAUGGUAGCGCCGAUUCCAGCCACUCAGCGGCAGCCAGCGACCAUGGUGCGCCGGCUGGUGCACACGGUAGCCCUUCCUCGGGUCACGCAGCACCAACUGGCCAUGGCACGCCGGUUGCAUCACACGCUAACCCGUCACAUAGAGAGCAUGGUCAGCAAUCUGAUAUUUCCCGGUCAGUACGAUGUGGCUGUAAUACGUCUGAAAGCAGCGGAAUGGAGCCGGAAGUAUCGCCGGAGGAUGUACAUGUUGCUAAGCCAGUGGAGCCGAAUUUCGCUUUGGCCGAAGAAAACCCGGUGGAUGGUUCGUGGAACGUUGAAGACGAAACGGAGGAUCACUUGGAGGGCACAACUUCCUCAUCGGAAAGCGAGCAUAAACCAGAUGUUUCACUGGGUGAUGAGUUGCCUGUUGGGGAAACUGAAGGACAGGAAAAUGUUUCGGAAAAUCUAACGAACUCAAGUGGAACAGAGCACAACAAGGAACCGGAAGGGAGCAGCAUUGCACCGUACGAAUAUGAUUACGAUAUUCCACGCAUAAUUGCCGGGCAGGGCUUCCAUCCCGACGACGUGACCACGCCGGAUGUCCGGGUGUUAAUUAACGGCACGUGGCUGUGGCCGACGCGCAGUCUCCCGCCCCGCCCAACCACCACACCGGCUACCACGAGCCCCGUACCCCCUCCGCCGCUAACUAUUGACAAACUGAAAGCACUGUGCUGGGAAAAUCGUGUAGCGGCGGAAGGCCUCGAGAAUUUGGUGACGGAGUCCGUGAUGAAUGUGGUAGAAGUUUUUGCCAAAGAAUUCUUCCGUGGGAUCUUUGUCCGGUUUAUGACACGCUGCUGGUUCUGGGAUCUGGAGCGGUUUCCGGGAUACGCGCCGUUUACUGUGUCAGAAAAUGUGCUGAGUUUAAUUGUCGGGCAACAGAUGACUUGGAUUGGUUUCUUUUUUUCGCCCGCUUUAGCACCAAUAAAUCUCAUCCGCUUAGUGUUCUUAAUGUAUUUCCGUGUGUGGGCAACACGGGUCUGUGAUGUGCCACCGGAGACCAUGUUCAGUACCGGAACCGGUAAUAAUUUCUACUACUUCAUCCUGCUCUUAAUGCUCUUUGUAUCCACACUUUUUAUUGGAUACACCGUGUGUAUUUUGCAUCCAUCCUGGCAUUGUGGUCCAUUCAGUCGUUAUAACAAGAUGUAUGAAGUUGUUACGGAUACCAUCGGGAAUAAUUGGUCGGAUGGCGUUGACAAAGCCGUCGCCUACGUGGGCUCACCGGGAUUAAUCAUUCCGUUGGUGGUUUUGUUACUUAUCAUCAUAUUUUAUUUGUUCUCCAUGGGCAUGGCACUGACGAAGAAGACCAAUGAUCUCAAGCGAACACUGGACAUUGAACGCACGGAAGAACGCCGUAAAAUGAUGGCGCAGGUGGAAGCCCGGGCCAAGCGAAAGCAUUUUAAAACCGUUGGCGAUACAAGCGCGUCCGAAGUUUUGGAAGUUACCAUAGAUGAAGCCAAAGAAAAUGCGCUUAAUCUGCUGGAUAAAAUGAAGAAUCGCGGAUUUCCACCGGAAGAACACCGUGAUCCAGGCAAAGGCACAGCGGGGCGUCGCGGUUCCCACCAUAUUCCGGCGCACCCGCACGAAGCGCCCAAAACCCUUAAAACCGUAGCCCGAAAGGUCAUGAUUCUGAACGAUGUCAUCCGGCAUAUGGCUAACGAUACCGUCGACAUCCACAACGAACAGCCCACCCAGCCGGAGAAUCUCAGCCGCUUAACCAUUCCUACAGCCGUUAUCCGGGCUAAGGAGAAAUUUAAAAAACUCUCCCUGCAGCCAUCAACAGCGGAAACAUCUCAUCCAGCACGUGCUGCCUCCUCUGGCAGUAUUAGUGUGCUUAAUGGCCGCGAAGUGUUUGGAUUAGCGCCUGUACCGGCAUCCGGCGCUUCUACACUGCCGGCUUAUAAUGAAGCAACCAGAAAUGGGCGAAGUGUUUCCGAUCGACAGCGCUUCCUUGUCUGAUUAGCAGUAAUGUCUUUUUUGAAAGCACGUCACAAAGAAUUUUAUUAACACAGUUGUACGUGUUGGUAGGUUUGCGUCAUUUGUAGCGCGAUUUAAAAUACCAUUUCUUAAGUGGGCUUUAUUGUCGGCUUAAAGAAAUUUAGGCGGGCUUUAAUUGUCAAACCGGCUUUGGUUGCAGGUAUUCGUACAACAAUUUAUUCGUCGUUGUUCGAUGCCAAUACUAAUUAAAAAUCGUUGUCAAUAGGUCUGAUAUAUCACUCUAAUAGAAAGAACAUCCUCCCCCAGAAAAAAAUGUGGCGCUUUAACAGCAUGUAACAGAAUUAGAAGGUAUACACAACGUAACAAAGUCUGACUAGAUCACUGCCUGCUGGAGAUCAGAAUGGCGGAUAGAAAACUUUGCAAUGCAUGACGAGCGAGCGGGUUUGUUAAUCGGAAAGGUCAUCUGCUGUAAUCUCCUUUUC